AUGUCAAAGUUUGUCUCCUUUAAAAAUUUGUCAUCAUCUUUCUCUGCUUUUUCAACUCAUGUGUCUUCUGUGAAGAUUCCGAAAAAUGUUCAUGAUGCUCUAGAAAUUCUGGAGUGGAGGGAGGCAAUCUUUGAAGAAAUGACUGCACUUAAGAAGAACGGAAUGUGGGUGAAGAUUGAUUUACCAGAAGGAAAAUAUAUUUUUGGAUGCAAAUGGGUGUUUACAGUGAAAUACAAGGCUGAUGGAACCAUAGAGAGGUAUAAGGCCCGACUGGCUGCAAAGGGUUUUACUCAAACAUAUGGUAUAGACUACACUGAGACAUUUGCUCCUAUGGAAAAACUGAAUACUGUUCGAGUGAUAUUAUCAAUUGCAGUCAAUCUUGAUGGCCCGUGCAUCAACUAG